GAUCGACGGUAUCAAAGCUCUGCGAGUUGCCACGCCUUGGACGCUAGGCUCUAACUUUGAUAGCUGUUCUCCUCGCAUUGGCUCCAUGGAAUUUGCGCUCUGAUAAUCGAAGCGCCUCUGUCACUGUCAGUGUUUCACAAGAGGCGGUGUCUGCAACGUCGAGACAGGUUAUCCAUCCUUAUGUUCCAAGAGAAUGAGCUCCGCACUCUGCCACCAAUCGUGGCACCGCCUCGCCCCUUGCUGCCACCAGCUCGAGCUCCAAACCGGUGCGGCGCCAAGGAAAAGCUCUUUUGAAACCAGCAUUGCAAUUCCCAGAGUAGGCGAAAUUGGAAGCGCACGCUGUUUGAGAGACUUGGCCAAUGGCAGACAAGCAAGAUGCAGAGCACCUAAAGCAAUGCCAUCACAUUCAGACAUGCCUGAUCUUCGUCAUACCGCCGUCCAGAAUGUAGGAUUGCACAAGGAGAUUGUGAGCUCAGAAUCUCCUAAGAGGAUCAACGCUGCUGAUCAGCAUCAGUAUGUAGCUAGUUCUUCUGAAUCGCAGCAGCCAAAAGCAGAUGUGUCCGCACUGCCAGCACUGACGAGGCGGACGGCCGGUCUGCUUGGCCUUGCAAUUCCGCUUCUGCUGAGUGGUAGUGGGACGGCACUUGCAGAGGAAACCCCCGCUACCACUGAUUCGGAGCUUGUGUUGGUACCGUACGAGGACAAGAAAGAAGGAUUCAGUGUGUCCCGGCCACAAGGCUGGGAGAUCGUUGAAAAAGCAGGAGCCACACUCCUUAUAGAGGACCCCAGAAACCGCAAGAACAGCAUCGGAGUUGUGGUGAAUCCUGUUCGAAUCGACAGCCUCACCGAGUUUGGGGACGCGGAGACUGUAGGGGAGAAUGUCUUGGUGGCAGAACGCAAAAAGGGCAGUACGAACAGUGCCACAAUGCUUAGAAUAGACCGAAAGACUGCCCGUACGGCAGGCGCUCCUCUAUACACUCUUGAAUACGCGCUCGACAGUUCUAGAGGAGGGAAACGAACUCUAACAGCGGUUACGGUGGUAAGGAAAAAGUUGUUCAUCUUGAACAUCACGUACCCGGACAGCCCAGAGAAGCCAGCGCCUUUGCCCCUCGCUGACGCGUUGCACCAGGUUUUGGACUCGUUUGAUGUCAGCAAGUAGACUUGAGUCACUGGGCCGCUCCAAAGGAGGACAGAAUCGAGUGCGUGUUGUAACUUAGCUCCUAGAUUGCGUAAACGCCGGCCAUAAGUCCUCGGCCGCAGCGUUGUGCAUCAGAUGCAGUUACCGUCACUGUCUUACUGCAUACUGACGAUUGACUUGAGUUAUUCGGAAUGACGACUGAACGAGCCUGCCUGUAAAAUUGCCAAACUUUUAUUAGUAUACAACCUAUGAUUGCUCUUUGAAG